GUGUAAUAGAUAGGAUUAAGAUGGAUGUCAAGAUGUUGAAGGAAGAGGAAAUGAAUAUGUGUCGGGAGGUAAUGCAAACCUACGAAAAGAUCAGCAAGUUAGACAGUCUGAAGCCAUCGAGGAGUGUGAAUGCUCUGCUCACUCGACUGGUGGGUCUCUGCACGCUGCCCUGCUCGGAGGAAAUGGAUGUCCGGAAGUUGGGCAAAGACGUGGAAGAGAAGCGAAGGCAUCUGAUAGAGCUGUGUGGGGAGGCGGAAGGGCAUAUGGAGCACCACUAUGCAGGUGUAUUGCUGGAACAUCACUCGCCCCUCUCGCCUUCCACCCUGCCAAUCUUCCCGUACUAUAACAACUACAAGAAAUUGGCGGCGCUGGAGUACGCAAUGGUGUGCGAGGGCACAUCGUCGUCAUGGGUGAAGAGAGUGGCGUUUGUGGGGUCGGGGCCGUUGCCUCUGACCAGCAUCGUGCUGGCCAUGCAUCACCUCAAAAGCGCUGCCUUUGACAACUACGAUAUAGACGCAGACGCCAACGCCGUGGCUUCCAAGCUAGUACGCUCCCACAACGAAUAUGAUUCGUCGCUGGCGCAGAGAAUGAGUUUUAUCACGUGUGAUAUUCUCCGCGUGGGCGGGGAGCGGCUGGGGCGCUACGAUGUUGUGUUUGUGGCGGCGCUGGUGGGGCUGCGGAGAGAGGAAAAGAUGAAGGUUUUGAAGCACAUCGGGAAGCAUGUCAAGUCUGGCGCUCUUGUUGUCAUUCGAAGUGCCCGUGGAGGGCGAGCUUUCUUGUAUCCCGUAGUGGAUGAGGAAGACGUUGUUACGCACUCUGGUUUGCGGCUGCUCUCCGUUGUCCAUCCCACCAACGAGGUCAUCAAUUCCAUUCUGCUGACAAUGACGUUUGUGGGGUCGGAGCCAUUGCCUCUGACAAGCAUCGUACUGGCCACACAUCACUUCAAAAGCGCCGCCUUUGACAACUACGAUAUCGACGCAGGCGCCAACGCCGUGGCUUCCAAGCUAGUUCGCUCCCACAAUGAGUAUGAUUUGUCGCUGUCGCAGAGAAUGAGUUUUAUCACAUGUGAUAUUCUCCGUGUGGGCGGGGAGCGGCUGGGGCGCUACGAUGUUGUGUUUGUGGCGGCGCUGGUGGGACUGCGCAGAGAGGAAAAGAUGAAGGUUUUGAAGCAUAUCAAGUCUGGCGCUAUUGUUGUCAUUCGAAGUGCCCGCGGAGGGCGAGAUUUCUUGUAUCCAUCCAGCCAACGAGGUCAUCAACUCCAUUCUGCUCGCCCAGAAGCCCUGAGGAUCACACUCUGGCCUGUGUUCCUCCAUUUCUACUUCUUUAUCGAAGAGGAAAUGAAUAUGUGUCGAGAGGUAAUGCAAAUCUACGAAAAAAUCAGCAAGUUAGAGAGUCUGAAGCCGUCGAGGACUGUGAAUGCUCUGCUCACUCGGCUGGUGGGUCUCUGCACGCUGCCCUGCUCGGCGGAAAUGGAUGUCCGGAAGUUGGGCAAAGACGUGGAAGAGAAGCGAAGGCAUCUGAUAGAGCUGUGUGGGGAUGCGGAAGGGCAUAUGGAGCACCACUACGCAGGGGUAUUGCUGGAACAUCACUCGCCCCUCUCGCCUUCCACGCUGCCAAUCUUUCCGUACUAUAACAACUACAAGAAAUUGGCGGCGCUGGAGUACGCAAUGGUGUGCGAGGGCACAUCGUCGUCGUGGGUGAAGAGAGUGGCGUUUGUGGGGUCGGGGCCGUUGCCUCUUACCAGCAUCGUGCUGGCCAUGCAUCACCUCAAAAGCGCCGCCUUUGACAACUACGAUAUCGACGCAGGCGCCAACGCUGUGGCCUCUAAGCUGGUUCGCUCGCACAACGACUAUGACCCGUCGCUGUCGCAGAGAAUGAGUUUUAUCACGUGUGAUAUUCUGCGCGUGGGCGGGGAGCGGCUGGGGCGCUACGAUGUUGUGUUUGUGGCGGCGCUGGUGGGACUGCGUAGAGAGGAAAAGAUGAAGGUUUUGAAGCACAUCGGGAAGCAUAUCAAGUCUGGAGCUCUUGUCGUCAUUCGAAGCGCUCGCGGAGGGCGAGCUUUCUUGUACCCCGUCGUCGAAGAGGAAGACGUUGUUACACACUCGGGUUUGCGGAUGCUCUCUGUUGUGCAUCCCACCAACGAGGUCAUCAACUCCAUUCUACUUGCCCAGAAGCCCUAACGAUCCCC